AGAUUUUAGCUGCUAGGUUCAAGACAAUUAUCACCAUGUUGGAGGAAAUAAGAUGCAAAGUCAUGGAAAGAAUGAAUCAAAUGAGAGAUUUUUCUGAAAAAUGGAUCACUGAUGUAUCACCAAUGGCUAUGGAAGUUCUUGCAGAGAAUGGUGAAUAUGAAGCCAACUGU